AUGGUAGUCGUUCGAUCUCAAAUUUCAUGUGGAAGUGGUGGUGCUAGUGCUUUUGGAAAGGGAGAAGCUAAUGAUAGUGGAGGUGGCAAUGUCGGUGCUUCCGGUAGUGGUCAAGCUAAUGUUGGUGGAAGUGGUGGCGCUAGUGCUUCUGGUAGUGGUCAAGUCAAUGUUGGUGGAAGUGGAGGUGCUAGUGCUUCCGAAAGUGGCCAAGCUAAUGUCGGUGGAAGUAGCGGUGCUAGUGCUUCUGGUAGUGGUCAAGCCAUUGUAGGUGGCACUAGUGCUUCUGGAAAGGGAGAAGCUAAUGUUGGUGGAGUUGGUGGUGCUAGUGCUACUGGAAAAGGUGAAGCCAAUGUUGGUGGACAUGGUGGUGCUAAUGCUUUUGGAAGUGGUGAAGCUAAUGUUGGUGGACAUGGUGGCGCUAGUGCUUCCGGAAAGGGUGAAGCUAAUGUUGGUGGAAAUGGCGGCGCUAGUGCUUCUGGAAGUGGUCAAGCUAAUGUUGGUGGAAGUGGCAGUGCUAGUGCUUCAGGAAAAGGUGAAGCUAAUAUUGGUGGAAGUGGCGGAGCUAGUGCUUCUGGAAGUGGCCAAGCUAAUGUUGGUGGAAGUGGCGGAGCUAGUGCUUCUGGAAGUGGCCAAGCUAAUGUUGGUGGAAGUGGCGGAGCUAGUGCUUCUGGAAGUGGUCAUGCUAAUGUUGGUGGCAGUGGCAGAGCUAGUGCUUCUGGAAGUGGCCAAGCUAAUGUUGGUGGAAGUGGCAGAGCUAGUGCUUCUGGAAAUAGUCAUGCUAAUGUUGCUGGAAGUGGCAUAGCUAGUGCUUCUGGAAGUGGCCAAGCUAAUGUUGCUGGAAGUGGCGGAGCUAGUGCUUCUGGAAGUGGUCAUGCUAAUGUUGCUGGAAGUGGCGGAGCUAGUGCUUCUGGAAGUGGCCAAGCUAAUGUUGCUGGAAGUGGCGGAGCUAGUGCUUCUGGAAGUGGUCAUGCUAAUGUUGCUGGAAAUGGAGGAGCUAGUGUUUUUGGAAGUGGCCAAGCUAAUGUUGCUGGAAGUGGCGAAGCUAAUGUUGCUGGAAGUGGCGGAGCCAGUGCUUCUGGAAGUGGUCAUGCUAAUGUUGGUGGAGGUGGUGGUGCCAGCGCUUCUGGAAGUGGUAAAACUAAUGUUGGUGGAAGUGGCGGUGCUAGUGCUUUUGGUAGUGGCCAUGCUAGUGUUGGCGGAAGUGGUGGCGCGAGUGCUUCAGGCUUCGGUGAUGCUAAAAUUCAUUGAAUUAAACUUAUUAAC